AUGAAGAUUGAAGGCGGGUUCUGGGAUUCUUGGGAGGUCUAUCUCCAGGACGGCCACGGCACCCGCUUGGCUGAGCAACCCUCUUCCGGUCCUGAUACGGCCCACAUUGAAUGCGACGACAACCAGGAAUUCUGGAUCUGUGUCCAACGUCCUCCCCUUCACCUCCCGGCCCCACCUCUCCCUCUUGCUCCAGGCUCGUAUGGGGGAAAAGGCGUGGUCAAGGGCAUCGGUAUGCCCCCAAGCGCCAACAAGACCGCCAAGCUCGGCACAAGCGCCAGCGCAGGGGGAAAGAGCGUCGUCAACAAGCGCACGUCCAAGGUGCCCAUGAAGACCAUCUCCAAGACCGUCUCCAUCUCCCACCCGCGCGCCAUGACAAGUCUGAGCAGUGGCGCCAACACCGGUGCCGAAGUGGUGUUUCGGAUCGAUGGGCACCACGUCAGGACGCUGGGCUAUCCCGCGACGAGGAUGAAGAGGAUCAAGUGCCGCAGGACAUACGAGGCGAUGGCCGACGGCGUGUUUGGGACCAGUCUGAACUUUGUCUAUCGCAAGGGCAUGGAGUCGGCUCCCACUGUUGAGAACCAGACUCCAGUCCUGGCCGAGGCGCUGUCGGAACGCUUGGCGGCACUGGGUACUAUCACUGUCGUGUUGCGCGCUGGAGACGUCAAGCUCGCUCGUGCUAGUUUCCCAAAGGCGAGGGGACGAGCCGGUGAAGCAGACUUGGAGGGCAUGCCCCAGAGCUCGUUUGUUGGCGGCAACACUCUCGCCCGGGCCAAGAAGCAUACCAAGUACCUGUUUACCGCGCACACUGCCGUGCCAGAGCACACUGUGCAGUUCAAGUAUGGUGUUCGGGAGUGCUCUGUGGCGCGCCCCACUACUCCCGAGCCUCAAUUCCAUGUUCAGCUCCAGGAGGCUUCGCCUACGCCCACGCUCGUUGAGGCCGUACCUGUCAAAGACGCUCGCGCCAAGAUGGAAGUGGACGAGUAUAUCCCGCUGCGUCAUCCGUCUGUCGACACGCUGAAGCCUCUCCCGCCUAUCCCUUGUACGCGUUCUCCGUCGCCAUUCCCCAAUAUCGCCACCACGCCCAAUACCAGCACCGACUCGAUCAACAACAGCACUGAGCCCAAGCACAACGGCAAGCCAAAGUCCAAGCCGUCCAUCCUCCGCGCUCUGUCGCUGCCGAGGAGCCUUCUGUCGUUCCGCAACGGCACCAGCAGCCCCAGUCCAGCGACUCCACCUGCGGUUCCGACUCGUAUGACGCGCGCCAAGACUGAGGGAAAGGAGGGCGGCAGUUAG